UAUAGGUACCAUUUUACUGUUUUCAUCCGAAACGGAAUUUCCAAAAAUCUGAAUUAGCUCAUGACGUUUAUUUAUUUACACACUCAAACUUCUGUAAAACCUCAGUGGAUAAGUAUAAGGCGGUUAGUCUCUCUAAAAGUUUGGCAGUGUCAUCGCUUUCGGGCACAUACAGAUAUACUGUUCAACAGGUGGGUAAACUUUACAACUCUUACCAAGCUUCUGUACAGUAAAACCUCACACUUUCAGCUCCAAUCUCACAAUAAAUCCCUUAAAUUCAUGCCUUUGUCAGGCAUCUGAUAUCAGUUAAUUUAUUAAUAUCACCUCUGAGAGCCACCUGACCAGCUUAUAAUAAACAUAAUAGUAUUAGAUCCUGUCAAUUCUCCUCUCAUUUAAAGCAAUCCUAUAUUUUCCUUUUCCUCCACUUCACAGCGUCGCUUCGCUCCAGUAGAAAAUCUUAAAUUUUGUGAAAAUCUUAAGUCUUGAAUUCUAUUUCAUCCAGCAUGUGGCGAUCGGCUUCGAUGGGCGCUCGGCUGUGCGCGGGGCUAGCGCUGGCCAUGUCGCUGGCGCUCGGCGCCGGUCGCCGCGACUACAAGGACCCCGAGGGCCGCCACCACUCCGAUCUCUCGCUGUGGAUCGAUGAGCGUCAAGUCAGGAUGUUCAGUGGCAUAUCCAUGCAGGUGUUUGCCAUAAUCAACGGGCACGUGUCCCAGUACGUGUUGGACCCUAACUUCUCCAACAAGCUGCCGGUCAUACCCUCGGAGGUCGGCCACGUCAACUUCACGUGGAAGUCCAAGAAGAGAUACUACUACGACUUCGAUAUCCUCACGUCAUCAGACCUCACGAUACUGAAACCUCCAGUGUUGUCCAUCAAAACUAGAGGACGGGUGCCUAAGACGUCUAAAGAAUUCAGUAUAAUAUUGCCAUGUGUGGGCAACAACAGCGGCGUAGCCACAUUUGAAAUAGGGCUUGUGCUUAAAAAUGGCCGCGGAUUGCCGCUUAAAGGCACCCCAUUAAGGUUACACCUAAAGAAGGAAUGCGCACAGAGAGGUGUGUAUUUAGAAAGGACAGGCCCAGACCCGGAGUGCGACAAGAAGUGCGCGAACCACGGCUGGUGCAACAACGAGAAGAUCUGCCAGUGCCCCGAGGGCUACAUGGGCGCGGACUGCCGCACGGCGCUGUGCUACCCGCAGUGCAUGAACGGGGGCAACUGCACUGCGCCCGGCCUCUGCUCCUGCCCGCCCGGCUACCAGGGACGGAACUGCGAAGGAGGUAUAUGUGCGCAGAAAUGUUUGAAUGGUGGCAAAUGCAUACAGAAGGAUACUUGCGACUGUCCUAAAGGAUAUUACGGGCUACGUUGUGAAUUUUCAAAGUGCGUGAUCCCAUGUUUGAACGGCGGGCGCUGCAAAGGCGUGAACAAGUGCCGCUGCCCGGCGGGGCUGGGCGGCAACCACUGCGAGGUGGGGCGGCGCCUGGGGGACUGCUCGUGUCGCGAGCGCGGGGACUGCGCCGCGCACGCCUGCCGCCACGGCCGCUGCCACGCCGGCGUCUGCGUCUGCGAGCCCGGCUGGCGCGGCCGCUGGUGCCACCGCUCCACCGGAUCAUCAGAGGAGUCUGGUGAAUACAAGAGGCCCCGAUGAUGAAACACAAUACAAACAUAUUGACAAAAUUACUUAAUGAUGUGAUUUCUUUAAUUUUACAAAAACUUUAUAAAUAUUAUGUAACAUUGAUAAUUAGUCAUUUAGAUGAUAAGUUCUACGCCAUUUAGUUAUAUGUAUUUAGUUUUAUCAUUAUGAAAUAAUAUAAAAUAAUUGACAUGGAA